CAUUCCACAUGUUUGAUAAAGAUGGAGAUGGGCGAAUCACAGCCAAGGAGUUGGGCACUGUUCUGAGGUCUCUAGGACAAAAUCCGACAGAGACCGAACUCCGAGACAUGAUCAAUGAAGUCGACGCCGAUGGAAACGGGACUAUCGAGUUCAACGAGUUCCUGGCAAUGAUGUCGCGAAAAUCCGAGUCGCACGAGCUGGAAGAGAUCACCGAUGCCUUCAAGAUCUUUGACAAGAACGGCGACGGCUACAUCAACGCGGCUGAGCUCCGACAGGUGAUGUCCAACCUGGGCGAGAAGCUCAGCGACAAGGAGGUUCAAGACAUGAUCCGAGAAGCCGAUUUGGAUGGAGAUGGUCGUAUUAAUUACCAAGAAUUUAUUCGAAUGAUGACAUCAGACAAGCAUUUGGCAUCGCUGCACUCGCGCCACUCUCAUCAUUAG